AUGUCUGGAUUUAUUCACAAGGACUUCUCCCAGUUGCAGCCGCUGCAGCACGUCGGGCACGGAAAAGCCGACAUGAAAAGCUCCCCGUCCGACGUGACGCCGCCCGCUCCGUACAGCGCCAACCAGCCCGGCGCCCCCCCCGUGGACCAGAGCCCGCUCUACAUCCAGUCUUCGUACGCGGACAACAGGCACGACUACUCGGCGUUGGCGUUUUAUAGCCCGCCGGCCAUGAACUAUACCGUUCCUGGAAACUCCAGCGACUCGGAGGGUCCGGUGAUGAGGCAUACCGUCAGCCCGAGCUUACUUUGGACCGCGCAGGACCAUAUGUCCCCCGUGACUUUGCAUUGCCCGUCUUCGUUGAUGUACGCAGAGCCGCCGAGGAGCCCGUGGUUUGAGGCGAAGGCUGAGGAGCACAUCCUGCCCCUCAACAGAGAAACCCUGAAAAGAAAAUCUCAGAACGGCGAUUGCCAGAGUCACGUCGUCAGCAAUCCGGGAUCUAAAAGGGACACCCACUUCUGUGCCGUCUGCAGCGAUUACGCGUCCGGGUAUCACUACGGCGUGUGGUCUUGUGAGGGGUGCAAGGCUUUCUUCAAGAGAAGCAUUCAAGGGCACAACGACUACAUUUGUCCGGCGACGAACCAGUGCACGAUAGACAAAAACAGACGCAAAAGCUGCCAAGCGUGCCGGCUGCGGAAAUGCUUUGAAGUGGGAAUGAUGAAAUGCGGAACGAGACGGGAACGCUGCGGCUACCGCAUCAUACGGCACAGGCGCCACUCGGAAGAUCAGAUGAGUUGCUUCGGAAAGAGCAGAAAGGCGGUUGAGGGCGUAGGGCGAGUGAAGGACGUCCUCCCGGCCUCUUUGGGUCCAGAACAGUUCGUUUUGUGUUUAAUCGAAGCGGAGCCGCCAAACGUUUUGUUAAUGAGCCGACCCAGCAAACCCUUCACCGAGGCGUCCAUGAUGAUGUCGCUGACCAAGUUGGCUGACAAGGAGUUGGUUCAUAUGAUUGGAUGGGCCAAGAAAAUUCCUGGGUUCGUGGAGUUGAGUCUGUACGAUCAGGUCCGUCUCCUGGAGAGCUGCUGGCUGGAAGUUCUGAUGAUGGGGUUAAUGUGGAGGUCGAUUGAUUACCCAGGAAAACUCAUCUUUGCUCCAGACCUUGCUCUAGACAGGGAUGAAGGGAAAUGCGUGGAAGGGAUUCUGGAGAUAUUUGACAUGCUGCUCGCAACUACUUCAAGAUUUAGAGAAUUAAAACUUCAGCACCGGGAAUACCUCUGCUUAAAAGCUAUGAUUCUGCUCAACUCCAGCAUGUUUCCGUUCUUCAAUGCGGUGGAAGAGUCCGAUAGCAGCAGGAAGCUUCAUCAUCUCUUGAACACGGUCACCGACGGACUUAUCUGGGUCAUUUCCAAGAGCGGAAUCCCCUUCCGGCAGCAGUCGACGCGUCUGGCGAACUUACUGAUGCUUCUCUCCCACGUCAGACACGCCAGUUACAAGGGAAUGGAGCAUCUGCUCAGCAUGAAAUGUAAGAACGUGGUUCCGGUGUAUGACCUGCUCCUGGAGAUGCUGAACGCGCAUACGCUACGAGAGCAAAGGAAAUCGAUGGAAUCGCCAAGUUUUGCCCCCAAACCUGUAAACGAGGCGAGGGACGCGGGGCAGCCUGCGCAGUGA